AUUUAAUACCCACAUAUUUAUAUUAUUUAACCACGUGCCAAGUUUAUGCGUGGGAGUAUAUAUAGCAUACAUAAAAACUAUGACCUUGCCGAUUCGAACUAGAUUUAAGUGCGCAAAUUAUGGUUUUUUGUAGUCUCUCCACGCAAUCACUUGGCUGCAAAAAGUGGUCGCUAGAAAAUGUUGGAAAAAAUAAAAACAAACACAAUCGGACGGAUAACGCUUCUACCUACACUUAAGUACCACUCGAGAACGGUGAAUUUGAACUCAGAUUUUAUACAAACGGCUCGAGCAAAGUACGUGGCGGUUCUCUCGUGGUGUCUGUAGCUAGUAAAAUCCAUCGUAUACUAUAUUGCGAUAUUAUUUUCUGCAUUAAAAAGGCACUUAUUGAAAUUUUAAAUUUACUAUCGAUCGCUAUGAUUUCUUGUUUAAUCGAUUUUCUACUCGGCACACCCGCAAUCGCGGUAACCGUACUCAUGGCGUUCGUUUAUUAUUAUACGACUAACACGUAUGACAAGUGGCUGAAGUUGAACUUACGCUACGACCCGCCAUGGCCGCUGGUGGGCAACACGAUGAAGAUGGUGACUUUGAUCGAACACCAGUUGGCCACCAUCGACGGGAUUUACAAACGGUUGGCCGGCGAGAAAUACUGUGGUUUCUAUCAGACGAAGACGCCGUUCCUGAUGAUCCGCGAUCCGGAGCUGAUCAACAAUAUAUUGAUCAAGGACUUCUUGAACUUCGCGAACCGUGGUUUCCACAAGGACCCGGCAUUGAACAUAAUCGCCAACGGUUUGUUCUUCAUGGAGGGUCCCAAGUGGGAUGUUAUGCGACAAAAACUGAGCUCGGGAUUCACGUCCGGCAAGCUGAAGUUGGCCCACAACCAGAUCGCGGAGUGCAGUGACGAACUGAUGCGAUUUAUCGCUGCCAAAAUGAAAGAAAACGACCAGAUCGAAGUCAAGUAGACUAUGAGCAAGUACUCGACAGACGUCAUCGGGACGUGCGCUUUCGGUUUAAGCCUUUUGUCCGAUGAAAGGAAAUCCGGAUAAACGUGAGAAGAAACGCUGGAGACCAAGGACAACGAGAGGACUAGCGGUGGCCGGGCCGGCGACGACGGCUUACCGUAGCGCGGCUGCAGCGGUGCGGUGUACUACGAUGACGUGCUUCCGAACGUGAAUCAGCCGGCGGAGCAGGAGGAUGGGCUCGACGACGAUAAGUAAAAAAUAUGACGUGCAGCAGUAGUCGUAGACGUAGGAUCAGAAUCAGCAGGACUAGUUUGAAGAUCAGCCGUAGCUGAAGGACCACCAUUAAAGAAAUGUUGCCCGAGUUCGUGAAACUGGCACGUGUUCGUUUUUGAUGUAGGCAUUCUGACGGUUCGGACGAUAUAAAGCUUGGCUGCAGAUCGAGGAGCUCGUCGGAGCCGGAAAUUGUGACAGGAGGAACUUUUGAAGGUGGUGGUAAAACCGAAGGGAUGAAGCGUGGCGGUGGCAGUUCCAAGACAAGGUUUCAAGAGUUCCAGUAAGAGCACAUUAUUAGUGAAAAUUCGCUGGUUAGGGUUGUUCUAGACAGCUAAAAUUACCUAACAAAAGUAACAAUUUUGAAUUUUUACACGUUUUUUCAAAAUGUAUACGGUCUAUAUAAUAUGUUGUAACACUCUUAAUUCAUAAUUCUGUAUAAACAUAUACGAUAUAUACUUAUAACUUACUUAUUUUGUUAUUCUAUUAGGUUAUAUUAAAUUUAUAUUAUCCACUGCAACUGCUACGCUACGCUUUCUACCGCCCUUCCGUUUCGUCGUCACUUCCGUUAGUUCCUCCGCGAUCAUCGACUCGGAUGUCACCACCAUCUCUGGUUCCGACUACCUCUUCGGUACAAACACCUCGAUCUGCAGCCUGGCUUUAUCGUCCGGUUCGCCCGAUCACUUGCUCAACCUCACUGAUCGUGCCUGGUGUACCGGUUUCACGGACAUCGCAGCCAGCAGCAUUUCCGUUACAUGCUUUCGUCGGUCGUCCGGCGAUGGCUGACCUUCAAAAUCGUCCUGCUUAUUCUAAUCCCAGUCCUGCGUCUGCGACUGCUGCUGCACGUCAUAUUUUAUAUUUGUCACCGUUGAGCCCAUCCCCCUGCUCCGACGGCUGAUUCACGUUCAACCGCACGUCAAAAAACCAACAAGAUUCGAUUUGCUUCCAAAAACCUUUAUCGAAGUUGAUAAUCAGAGCAUUUUUUUAUUAGAAAAGUCGAGAAGUUGAAGUUAUACAAACAUUUUUUAUAAUCAGAUGUGUCUUGGCUGAUUGACUGAUCAACAUUGUAGACUCUAAAGGCCUAAACGCCCUAAACUAUGAUAGCUUGUAGAUAUUUUUAGAUUAUAUAUAGAUUUAAAAUGUUCUUAGGUUACUCUGGUAAUUGAGGUAAAAGCAUCAU